UGACUAAAAUAUUAUUUCAUUUAAUUUCCACAUAGAUUCGAGAUACAAAAACACUGCUUCCUAUGCCAGGGGUGAUGGUAGGUGACAUAGGAAAGAAACUUGGGCAGAAUGGUUUGGAUAAUGGAUUUGCUAUGUUUCACAAUGUCAAGAUACCUAAAGAAAACGUAUUGAACAGAACUGGAGAUGUCACAGCUGAGGGAGUAUACGUUAGCUCAUUUAAGGAUCUCAAGCAACGUUUUGGCGCUUCUCUUGGGGCUUUGUCCAGUGGUAGAGUUAUGAUCAUAGGCAUGUCUGUGGUUAAUUUAAAGCUUGCCUUAUCAAUAGCCAUUCGCUUCUCAGCCACACGCCGUCAGUUUGGACCAACAGAGGAAGAAGAAAUACCAGUCCUGGAAUACCAAAUGCAGGUACUAACUAAAUCUACAAUGUGGCAUUUCAUUCAAAUCUAGGGAAUGUAUUCAAAUAUAAAGCAAGAUCCUCAGCACAUGUAAAUCCGCAUAGCUGCAUUGAAAGCAAUGAAGUUAUACUACUUUACACCAGCUGAAUGUCUGGCCCUAUAGAGUUCUGAAGGCUUGAUUCUCAGUAAGACGUGGUCUACACUACCAACUUCUCUAGCCACACCCCUGACCACAUAGUUAUACUCACCUAACCCCCACUGUAGACAGAGCUAUGUCAUUGGGAUGGCUUCUCCCACCGAGAUAGCUACUGUCUCUCAGGCCUGGUCUACACUACGAGUUUAGGUCGAAUUUAGCAGCGUUAAAUCGAAUUAAGCC